UAUGUGCAUUGAAGCCUUCCCGCCAACGACAACCGGCACAGCAACUCGUGUGCGUGGAGAGGGGCUGGAGUACACGGCCAGGCCUGUACACGGCUUCAUGAUUUGACGGAUCCGCGCGACGAAGCAGCCAACCGGCCUCCCCGCGUGGGGCACGCGGUCGACGUCACAGGCCCCCGAACCGCCCGCUACUUAAAAAUUGAGCCAGGACGGACGCCGGUAAACCCAGUGUGUGUUGUUGUCAAAGCCGGGAUACGAGAUUUUUCAAAAUGGAAAAGCUAUUUCUGUCGUUGUGUUUGGCUAUAUUAUCCCUUCAAGUGUCUGCUCAGGAUGAUGGUGCUGCAGAAGUGCAUUUCCUGGACAAUUCAGCCAGGCAUCUUCAGGUCGGUGCUCAGAACGUAGAGUUCACCUGUCACCUCAACCAGCCCGUCACCUACGUUCUCUCGGACACCGUGGACACAGUCCUCUCCAAAGAGUGGAAUGGAAACACUUCGGAAGUGCAUCUCUUCAGCAACAUCAAGCCAGAUGAGGCGAACCCAAACUUUUACAAAAUGACCUACGUUACUGUUGAAGAGGGCAAAGCCAUUAAUUUUGUAUUGACCAUUCUGGAAGUGCGCCACGAGGAUGAUGGGAAAUUAGUGUGCAAGACUGGAACGGAUCCAGUGUCCAAAGAUUCAGUGGAUAUUAUUGUUUACAGGGGCUUGGAGAAAGUUCAUCUACAGUUCGGAAGUUUCCCUGCCAUCAUGGCUGACGCCUCUGAUGAGACUGGGGAAAGGGAUUUUGGACAGGCGAUGGAUGCUGGAGUCUACCCUGUAAUAUGUGUUGCUGAGGGCAGCAACCCCGGAGCAGUAGAUGUCAAACUAUACCUCAAAGGGGAAGAGGUUCCUGCUGAUGCUGAAGUAGUGGUGGAGCCUAUGUCUGGGAAUGUCAGGAAAUUCAAAUCCACCAUUGAAACAACAAUGACAAUUGACUCGAGCCACACUGGCCAUAAUGUGGAGUGCAUUGCCCGGGCUCCUGGACCCAACGGCAACAGUAUCAUAGUGAAGGCCCCUAUCGCAGUCAAUGUUUAUGACCCCGUGAUCACCUGCGAUGACGGAGAGGCCUACCCUGGCAAGCGCUACGUGACCAUCUCAUGCUCAGUGGACCACACUGACAUUGACGUUGAUGGGUACUACUACAGGAUUGGGGAUACCGGUGUGCUCAUCCACGAAGGCGAUGAUAAGGAGGUUGAGGGAAAAGUCAUGAUGGUGAAAAAAGAGACUGAAAGUCCGACUAAAUCUAAGGUGGUGCUUGAGCUCUAUGAGGCAGCAGAUUGGCACUUUUCCACUGAUUUUGUCCUGGUUGUGGAAAGUGGAGGUGGCCAUUUAACAGAAGAAAAAGUCAACUUGAAGAAAAUAGAAGGCAAAGAAACAGAUAAUGGUUCUUCUUCACCUGGUGAUAAUGGUACAGAUGGACCUGAAGACAGUUCAGCAAUGAUGGCAGCCUCUGUGGUGACGUUGGUGCUGUCCCUGGCAGCGACGCUGUUUGCUCGGGUGCUAUAAAGUGCGGCUGGAGUAGUCAGGAUCAUCAUGAUGCCAUCAGCACCGUGUUGCACCGGCCACACAUACAAUGAGAAUGAUCUGGACUACCUGAACACCAUCAUCAAGUGUGAAAGUCUGGGUGUGCUUGUAACGUGAAAAGAUGAAAGGGAAAGGGGAUGACAUAAAAGUACAACAGUGUCGUUAAGAACUUUGUGAUGUGCUGACAAGAGGAGAAACAACAAUACCUUAUGAUGCUAAAAAAAUGUAAAAAUGAAUGGAGAAACAACAUCAUUGUCAGAUGUUCUGGAUGUAAGGAUACGAGGAGAAACAUUAUCCUUAGAAGCAUUCAAUGUAGUGAUUGGGAGGAGAACAAAUGUAGUGAUUAGUGGAGAAUCCGUGAUGUCCAAAGUUUUUUUGUGGGCUUGAAGAGCAUGACUUCGUGACUGCAAGCGAUUUUUCCAUCAUUUUUGUUUAUCUCGUUGUCUGGUCCUAUAAAGUUGCCUUUAGAUGUCCAGGUGUUAUUGCAGGUCCUCUGCAUGCAUAUAUAUAUGUCUUAACAAGUGACAUAACAGUGUUCUUCUCACUUGUGGUAUGAAAGUGGGUUAUGAUCUUGGUGUGCAACAGCUCUCUCUCCAGUACAGUUAUGCUAUUUGGUAUGAUUUGAAUCAUAACUUGAGUCUCUAAUAAGCCUUGUUCUAUUCUCUCUGGGCCAAAUUCUUCUGAGACUUUGCUAAUUUGUGAAAUCGCUGCACAGUUUUUGCAUCACCAUAGGGUUAUAUGAAAUGGUUAUUGUGUUGUAUUUUAUAUACAAGAUAUUUGUUUUUGAUGUUCUUCAUUUGUACACGAGAUGUGUUUUUCUACAGUGUAUUCUCUUUGUUUGGACUUCACUUUUGUUAACGGUGUAGAUAUUAAAGUUUAUUUUUGUGUCUUUUAUAGGACAUCUUGCGAGGAAGAGCCUCUCUUUUAGAGAGCCCUUUCUUAGAUGGAGACCAAUUAUUUUUUUGUACACUGUGCAGGCGGAAGUUGGGUUUUUUUUUGGGGGGGGGAUAUCUAUUAAUGGAAUCAAAGGGUUUAUGUUUUAGAAAGCUGCUUCUGAGUUGUUUUUGUUUUUUUGGUUCAUUUUAACUUGGCAUAGCGGUUGUUUUGAAGUAUUCAAGGUUGAGGCUGGGAGUUUCUGGACAAUUCACCCAAAACAAGGGGAGACUCUGACCUCCGUCAGCUGUCUGGAAGAAGAGGGCCAGAGACCACAAGGGAACGUGUUCUCCUGUUUUCACCUGAAAUGAUAUUGAAAUUGUGAUGUAUCCAAGCUGCUUGCCUGCCCACAAGUGUGUUUUUGAUAUAUAUGGGCAUGCUCCAUGAACCUUGCUGUGCUCUGGUGCAUUGUUUGAGUAACUUCUGGGAAAAUGUGUUGCCCAGAUGUACAUUGGUUCUGAUAUGCUGUCACCACCAGCUACUGAAAACAUAAAUUAAACAAAUUUUUCUUCUUCUUUUGUUGUUGAGAAACUCAUGUGAACACUGUCCUCUUUUCAACUUGGGUCAGACAAACAGUGAACUCACACUGGCUAUCUUUUACUUUUCCAUCUUUAUAUAUCUUAUGUUUGUCCAAGUAAUCGCUUUGUGAGCCAAGCUAAGCAGGCUGGAACUUUUCUCUGAGAUCCUGAAGCCCCUCUUAACAUCUCAUGAAGGCCGUCCUUGUCAGUGAUAGAAUUAUGAUUUUUUAUGCAGCCGUUUUGUUAAAGUAAAGAACAUAUUUUUGUUCCCUUUCUGAACCCUAUGCAAACUACCGUGAAAAUGCGAUUUGGCUCAGGCAGGCAAAAAUUAAAACAAUUUUUAGAUUAUUGCAGUGUGUUACUCUCAGAUUUUGCUGUUUUGGAAAAAUAAGUGCUCUGAAUAAAAAAAACCGAAGUGUUCAAACAAAAACUUUCUUUUAUUGUUUAGAGUAUGUGGGUGACUUGGAUAAAGGGUUGUGGCGCAUCUCUUCCUGUAACAUAUCUGAGUGAACUGUGACGCGGGGAACUUACUUUCUUAUGUAUAUCUAUUUUGUCUACAUGAAUGGGAGUAAAACAGGCGAAAAGUAGUUUCAAAAUUGUUUGGACUUCAUAUUUCGUCUUAUUGACUUAUGCUGUUCAUGAAAUUUUGCAUUGUUUUAUUGUUCUUGUUAAAGAAUCCUAAAGAUAUUGAGACAUUGAUGUGGUUCGUUUGCCUGUGUGUUCAUGUUUAUGUCAAAUGUACAAUUGGUAGAUCGUUUGUGUUUGUAUAAGAAGAAUGAGUGUGUGAGAGUGUCAGGAUUUUGUCUGACUAUGUAAAUGAUGUUUAAAUGCAUUUACUUAAGUUUGAAUGCAUCUUUUAAAAAGUACAUUUCUGCAGUUAUUUCGUAUAAAUAUUUUUUUCAGAAGGACUAUAUGCAAAUAGUAGAUUUUAUAAGUAUUUGAUGUUUUGAUUUACACAGUUUAAAUAGAGAUAUGUUCUUUAUCUUUGUGUUGUAACGAAUGCAAUUUCACAAAACUUAUUUGGCUGUAGGACUUGACCAUGUCUGUAAAAGUAUGCACGUGACCAAUUAUUGUUACUCACUUUGCUUAGCGAACAAAAGAAAACUCUAUGAAGUAGUGCCACUUGUUGAUUGGACUGCUAUGCGCAAACAUGCUAGUAUGUCAUGGUGACAUCAAAGGGGAAAUCGUUUUACCAUAGGAUUAAUUAAGCCAGAAGCUCUUUAUAUUUGUACAUUCCAUUGUUUACCAUACUCAUCUUGGUUCUUGGUUAUUCUAAAUCUAUUGGUCCUUACAAAAUAUGACUGAAAGCUCAAAAUUGCUACUGGCAUGAUUGCUAGAUUGAUGUGUUUACUUUUGUCUAUCAGAAGAAAUCAUGAUUGUGUUCGACUCCGUCAAUUAGUUUAUCCUUAUCAAUUUUGAUCCCUCAUCCUUUUUUUUUCUCUAUAAAGUUCACUUUUAUAUGAUAGGCUUCUAAUUUAUGCUUGAUUUUUAUGUAGAUAGUUGCCUCUCUUUUAAUUGUAAAUCCAAACCUAUUGAUGUUUUAAUGAGAAAAAUGUCCAGGAGUGUCAUAUCUCAUGUAUACCUUCUUUUACAACAUGAAGAAAAAGGAACAAAGAUAUCCAUAUGCAAUAGUGCUCUGUGUUGCUUAUUUCUUUUGUAACUAACAAUAAUUGGAUAUUUCUGUACUCCACGGGGAAGCUAAAGGCCCCAAACUCUCCAUUGUCGUUUUGUCUUCUCCAUGUGUCUCUGAUAGAGAACAGCUGGAGGCCUUUCCUUUUGUCUGUGUAGACUUUUUCAAAACAAAUAAAUGGAAAAGAAAGAUGUAGGCAAGAUGAUUUUCUUUUCUUUUUACCUGUGAGAGAAUGUUUAUUAAAAAAACCCAACAAACAAAUAAAAAAAAUAACAGCACUGGCACUGUUAUUAUAUAAAUAAGUGACAGAGGUGUAUUUAUGUCUGAUUAUUUAAGAAUUUUUAGAGUUGAAAGUUGCUGUAUCAGGUCCCUUAAAUGUAGAGACAAUUCAGAAAAGUGUCAGUAGAAUUCCAACUGUAAAGUCUUUGUGUCAUAAGUUGUCAGGUCCUGUACAAAGUUACGAGUUUGAUUGUAAUAAACUGUCAGCACUAAGCCUCUUGCAUUCUGAACACUGACUGCAGUCUCAGAUGUGUGACCCGGCGCCUGAUGGCUUUGUUAUUUAAUCAGCUACAAUUAAGUAUUUCAGAACUAUUUACUGUCCUGUUACCAAUUACAACUCAUUUCCAAAGCUUUUAUUAGGAGUAGAUUGUUCCUCGUCUUGAGUAUUGCAAAUAGCAAUGGUUGAGCAGUUCCUUGUUCAUUUUUGUUUGUUGCACAAUUCAUUUGGCUAGUUUCUCUUGCUUCGUAUUUCAAUAAAAUAUUUUUCAUACUUUCA